AGUACAAGCAAAAUCUGUUAAUCCCAAAUGUACAUUUAUUUAUACAUUAAUUAAGAACUUCGAUUACAACUAAUUAUGUUGUAGUUUUCUUAUAAAGUACUGCAAACAUUUAAAAACGUUUGAUAUGAGUCGUCAUGAAGGUGUGAGCUGCGAUUCAUGCUUAAAGGGGAAUUUUCGAGGGCGAAGAUAUAAAUGUCUUAUUUGCUAUGAUUACGAUUUGUGUGCUGCUUGUUAUGAAGCUGGUGCCACCAAUACAAGGCACAAUGUAGACCAUCCAAUGCAGUGCAUCUUAACCCGUACUGAUUAUGAAUUAUAUUAUGGUGGUGAGGCUCUUACUAAUAUAGAUCAACCUCAAUCAUAUACUUGUCCAUAUUGUUCUCGAAUGGGAUUUACUGAUACUUCUUUGCAAGAGCAUGUCACUACUGACCAUGCCGAUACUUCGUUUGAAGUGGUUUGUCCUGUUUGUGCUGCUAUGCCAGGAGGAGAGCCAAAUCUGAUGACAGAUGAUUUUGCUGGACAUCUUAUGUUAGAGCAUCGUACUGGACCAAGAGAUCUUAUCUCUUUCUUAGAUGAACCAGUUGGUAGAACUCACAGUGCUCAUAAUAUGAGACGUAUUCCACACCAUCUGAGUAGUGGAAGAGGAGGGCAGUGUUCCAGGCCACGUCGCUCUAAUAUGCAUUUCAGUGUUUUCAGCUCUGCAGGAUUGACAUCUUUAUCUCCAUCGUCUCGCGAAACAGUAGAUCCUAUAGCUGAACUUCUGUCCCAGUUGUCAGGAGUACGACGCUCAGCAAGUAACACUAGUUCCAGUACUCCAACACAGUUGCAGCAGCUGCAAAUGCAACUGCAACUUGAACGUCAGCAGGUGAAUGCUGCACGUCAGCAGUUAGAGCGUUUACCAAGACGUCAAAUUCAAAAUCAAAAUGCUUUAAGGGAAAGUUCUUCUACAGGGGGGAGUAAUGGAGGCAUUGGUACUUCUCUUUCAUCCACACUAAUAUUAAAUCCGACCCCAUCUACGUCUCAGACUGCAAAUGCAAAUGCAACACCUAUACCACCUCCACCAUCUAAUUUUCUGCUUUCUGGACUUUUGGAUGAAAUAUCACUGAGUUCAAGGGGUGAAGACAGCCGGUUUGAUCGCAGUUCGUUCGUACAAGAUCUCAUAUUGUCUACUCUAGUGAAAUGGAACAAGAAUAAUGAAGAUGAAGGCGAAUCUAAUACAGCUAUUGCCUUAACCGAUAAAGGGUGGAUGGGAAAAAACAGGAAGACUUUCUUAGAGAAAAUCCUAAAGGUUAUUACUUUGGCUGACUUUUCGGUAGAUAAGUUAGAAAAUCAUUUAAAGAAAGAUUCAAAAAAUUCAUCAAAUGUUCUAAGAUAGUUAUUUAAAUUGACAGGACAAAAUAAAAAUUAUUUGUAUAUAUUUAGAGAUGGAAAUUAAUUUUUUGUUAUUGGAAGCAUAGUGAUAGCCGUUUGAUGCAUCGUUACUUUUGAAAACGUUGCUGCUGUUAUUUAUUUGUAAAAUUUAAGCAGUUUUUUUUCUUAGCAUUUACUAAAUGGUAAUUAUUCAUUUCAAUAAAUGGUAUGUACCUACAUAUAAUAUGUAUAUCUAUCUAUUAAUGAAAUUCAUGUUGUAAUUUUCACCCUUUGUCCCGUUAAUUGCUGAAUUUACUUUUGUUUAAUUGUAAUGUAUAACUUUGAAUAAAUCAACAUUAUAUUUUUUUCGUUUUUUAAA